AUGCCCGACCUGGCUCUGAACGCAAGUACUCAUAAGGUCUUGCGUCAACCCUCGCGAGGACCUCACUGCUUGCAAAGGGACCCUCGGGGUCAUCGCUCUGCGAAAGGGCGACUACAUUAUCGGACACAGACAACGGCUCUAAGUGGGGACCCGAUUAAAAUGGAAACACCCAUUAACAUAGCAGCAGAGGAGAUGGAAUCGAUCUUUGGAAGAAGAUCGAAAGUACACCGAUCACCGGUAAAUUCUCCACUAGCCUCCGGGCCCAGUGUCGAGAAAGAGAAGGAGGUAAGAAGUAUAGCGUUAGACUGUACCCCAGCGGAGAACAACGCGGAGACAUGCGAGAACAGCACCAGUUCUCCUAGACAAGAGUUCAUCUUGAAGAUGCGACUUUCGGAGGAGGAGGCGCUUGAAAAGUGCAAGAAAGUCCUUCGCCAGAUGCGACUAGUUAUAGGAAGGCAGAAGAACAUUAGCAGGGAUGUCCAAAAUGGUGUGUCUGAGAUAGAGGAAAUCUUGGACAUUAUUGGGAGCUACCGCAAAAACUGGAAGGCCGCGGAGAAGCAGAAACAGCAAAGCAGGCCAAUAAUAGCGGAGACUCCCACGACAUCAACCAACAUGUCGACGCCUUCUACGGCGCAAAACAAGAGGAGCGCGCCGAGUCCAGUCGAAGAAAAUCCUGGCAAAAAGAAGAAGGAUAAAGCUGUAGAGGUGAGACCACCGGCGAAAACAGCCGGAAAGAGGAAGCCCGACAAAGAGGCUGAGAAGAAGAAGCCCGAAGAAGAGGCAAGAACGUCAAGGAGGAACCCGCGGCGAAAACCGCGCGCUCGGAGACCACGGAAACCCAGGCAGCGACCAGAGGCCGUGUUAAUCAAGCCGAAGGAGGGGCAUAGUUACGCGGACGUGCUCAGGGACCUCAGGCGAAACGCGAAACCGGAGGAAGCCGAGGUCGCCAUCCGCUCGUCCAGAAAACGAGAACGGGUGCAGUUCUUCUCGUGA